AUGACGGCCGCUGUAUACCGCAGUGGCACCCCUUCCCUGUCAAUUCCACAGACUCAGAAUACUGCUCCGGUCCUCGAAUUCAACUGCCUCUACACGCACGAUCUCAGAAAGAAGCAAAAGAAAUGGCACGAUGGGUUCCUACGCUUCCAUACGUUCAACAAGCGGAUCAUGGUGUACGACAUCCCGCGCAACUACAUUGGCGAUAUGCACUGGACGGCCGGCGAAGUGCUGCAAGAGGGCGACGAGCUUAUGCUUGAAAAAGGCGGGGCCAUGGUAGAGGUUGCAGACGCUAUAGGAAGAACUGAGACCGACUUAACGGAGCUUAGAGCAAGUAGGAAGAAGCCUGUCACUGGCAACGGAUCUUCGCCUGCACGAGUACCGCAGACACCUGCUGUACGGAUUCCUAGCAUGACGGCGUCCAGACCAGGUACCGCGCUCAAGCACAGAUCACUCAAUGCAUUGCUAGGAACAUCGAAAGGACCUGUAGGGAAGGCAGCACUACCUACAAAGUCACCGUUCGAGGUACGACAUGCUGGUCUGGAGAACGAUGCUUGGAACGAAGGACGAUCGCCAAAGCGACAGCGGGUAGGGAGACCGGUAGCUAUGAGCGUGGUGAAGCCUGCCAAGGAUUCAACGCCGCUAUGGGCACGCACAUCAGAUGCUGCUAACGCAAGAAAGAAGGCACAGAUUCUACAGGAUCAGCGAUCACCGCAAUCAGUUGAGAUAAUCGAGCUAGAGGACGAUGCACCUUCAGACAAGUUUCUGCCUGGCUUUUCGAGUGAUGCUCUGGUUCCACCGUCUUCUCCACCAAGACACAGACCACGCAGAGAAGCAACAGCACCGCCUGCUCGGUCAAGCUCACCUGCAUUUCAGACACAAAAGCCCGCCAUGGAACGGUUAGCGCGGGAGACUCCGCUUGUCAAGUCCGCCAGUGCGGCGCAUUCAUCUGCUACAGUUCGACAAGGGACGCCGCUCCGGCAUAACAUAUCGAGCAACAGCGCGGCAAGCAAAGGUAGUGCAGUCGAGCGAGAGGCAACCAAGCUCGCAUCAAGGCCGUCACUGCCACUAGCGAAAGCAAACGUCGACACGCCACGCAGUAAGAAGCCUGGUACGGCUCUGAAGAUUGCGGCGAGUGCUCCAAAGAAGAAAAUGCUGGUAUGUCAGGACCAGCUGACAACGAAAGCCCCUCGUCUGCCGAACACUGACCUGGCUGAUGCUCCUGAUCUGACUGGUGAUGAGCGCGAUGAUAGUCGAGACCGUGGCGCGAAGACAAAGACGCAGCGGCAACUGCUAGAUGAGCGCCUCAGAAAAGUAAAAGGCCAUAUUAAACCGAUCACGAAGGCCGCCGCCAUAGAGCCUAUGGCUGAAUCGCUCGAUUCUGGGCAGACCAAUCAUGACGGCACAGAAAAGUCGUGCGGCAUCAAAGAUCACCAAUUUCAGAGUAUCGUCAACACCAGCAGCAGUUUCGUGGAUAUCGACACCAUGCUGCCGCAAGCUCUCAUGCAGGAACAGAUACCACUAGGCGGUCAUGAUGAAAGCUCACGAACAGAUCUAUUGGAAAUCCCCAAGCAUCCCGCGCCCCACAGUUCUCCGACGGUUAAUUCGGUGAGGGCUGACAAGACUACGGCUGAGAGCAUGCAUGUUGUCCACCGACCGGACUUUCCACUUGCAGUUGUACUCGAUUCACAUAAGCAACAGGGCACGAAGGUAAAGCUCUCUUCUCCUCGCAGAAGAAGGCGCAUCGGUAGGAAAGAGAUACGCCAGAGUGCUCAAUCAUGUUUUCCGCCGCCUGCUGAGUCCAUAGCGCAAGCUGCCCAAGCUGCUGGCAUUGGGGACCGAUCUGCCGAGGCUAGCGUUGGACCUGACACUCCGGACGUUGUAUCGACGACUGGCAAGGCUCCCAUUGAGAUGGUAUCUGGCAUUGACAAUCCCGCUAUCCAGGAAGGAACACCUCAGAUCUCCUUGCUCGACCAUGGCGGGCAAGUCAUUGAAACGCUGAAGCGUGUCCCGGGUCUUCCUAUGCGGUUCACCCCAUCGCCGCAAAAGCAAGCACAGCUGGUAAGACAGACCGACGCAGCUAAAGCCUCUGAGCAAGUAGUGCUAUCGGACCAAGUUCAGACCGCCGGAUCAGAAACGAUAGGCAAUGAAACAACGACAGCGCCAGCGUUCGCGAAGCCAGCCUUGCCAGCGUCCAAAAGGACCAAUAAGAAAGCAGCAAAGCAGCCCGUCACGCUCAGUACAGCAACGUCUGGGACAGCGGCCGUCAUGCUCGGUCGACCAUUUCAAGCACCGAAGAAGGCCAAAGUGGCUACGGAAGCGGUUGCUAGAUCGGUUACGAAGCAUAGUCCGACAGAAGUCCCAAUGACGGCGGAUCCGUGGAGCAGGGAGGCCUUUGAUCUGUUCGACUGGCGACCGCCUGGGUGGGACGAGGAGCGGUGGUGUUUGAAGGAUGUUGCGGAUGCGCUUGGUGAGACCACAAAGACGUGA